CAGUGUAGUGGACGGUUCAGGAAGGCGCCAGUCCAGCUUCAGAGCUUCAGAAGCACCCACAGAGAGGGACUGAUCACAGGAAGUCAGAAUGAAGAAGGGUGGAGUGUUGUGAUGGAGGUGUGGGGAGGGUGGAUGACAUGGAAGCGUUAGGAGACGGAGAGAGAGGGACUUCACAGGAACCGAUCUGACCUCGACUUCCUGCUUUUGGACUGCGCCACUGCGGACAGGCAAACUAACGUCUCCGAGAAUAUCUCUGGUAAUAUCCUCUUAUCUUAUCGGAGGGCUCUCCAGUGAGUGCUGGAAUUCAGUCUGUGAGUGAGUCCAGUUAGUCAGUUCAUUUGUCAGUCUGUGUUUAGUUGGUCAGUCGGUUUUUCUGAUACCUUGUCUUUCUGUGUAAUGUACCUUUGUAUUGGAAAGUCAGUCCGUCAGCCAGGUGUUAAUUCAAUCUGUUUGGCAAUCAUUCAGUCAGUGAAAUAUAUUGUAUGACUUCGUACCUGCCUGUUGGAUCUCAGUCAGUCAGAUCGGUCAGUCAGUGUGUCAGUCGGUGUGUCGGUGUGAUACUGUAUCUCGUCUUACUGUGGAUUGGAUUGGAGUCAGUCAGUCCACCAUGUCUGUCCCUGUGGAGUGGAGCCUGUACCCCCGGGACAAGGACAGAGACCAGGCUGCCCUGGGGACCUUACAGAGGCAGCUCCUCUGCCCGAUCUGUCUGGACGUGUUCACCAAGCCGGUGGUCAUCCUGCCCUGCCAGCACAACCUCUGCCGGAAGUGUGCCAACGAACUCUACCAGCCCUCUCUCUUCCAGGUGGGAACAGGAGGGAGGUUCCGCUGCCCGACCUGCAGACGUGAAGUAGUUCUGGACCGACAUGGUGUCUAUGGGCUACAGCGCAACCUGCUGGUCGAAAAUAUAAUUGACGUCUACAAACAGGAGUCAUCCAGCUCGAGACCUGAGGCGUCCAAGCCCGUGUUAGAACCCAGCUGUGAGGAGCACGAGGGGGAGAAGCUCAAUAUCUUCUGCAUCACCUGUCAGGUGCCACGCUGCUCCCUCUGCAAGGUGUUUGGGGCCCACAAGGCCUGCCAGGUGAAACCGCUAACAGAGGUCUACCAGCAGCGGAAGGCUGAGCUGAAUGAAGAGGUUGGCUGCUUGGCAGUAUCCAACGACCGUGUCCAAGCCUUCAUCAAUGAGCUGCAGAUUACAUGCAACAAUGUUGAGGAGAACAGUGAGACCCAGAGGCGGGCGGUGUGUGAGAAGUUCGACCGGAUGCGUGCGAUUAUGGAGGAGCGACGCAGGAUCAUGUCGCAGCAAAUCACGGACGAGCAGGAGGAGAAGACGGGCCACGUGAGCGCACUGGUACGAUCCUUCAGAGGGAACGUUGAGACCAACACCAAACUGGUGGAGACCGCAAACACCACCGUGGAGGAAUCAGACAUGGCUGUCUUUGUCGAGAAUUCCAAGCAGCUGAUUGCAAAGGUGAAGGACGCCAGCCGUGGCUUUGUUGUGGAGACCCUGGAGCCUGGCUAUGGCGACUUGGACCACUACCAGGUCAACUUCAUGGCAGCAGAGAGGGCGCUGAACCAGCUGGACUUCAUCAAAGUGGGGGAGGAAGAGGACGAGGAGGAGGAGGAAGAAGAAGAGGAAGAGGAGGUGGAGGAGGAGGAGAUGGAGGAGGAAGAGGAGAUGGAGGAGGAAAAAGAGGAGGUUCCUGAGGAGCCAGAAGCAGAACCACAACUUGAACCAGUUCUGGACCUGGAAUCAGAGCCUGUAAUAGAAACACCUCCAUUUCUAGAGCCAGUGGCGUUGCCAGUACUGGUGCCAAGUCCACAGUCACAUCUAGAACCUGAGCCAAUUUCAGAACCAGUGGCAGUUCCAUUGCUGGUGCCAGACCAGACACAAAGAGUUGACGAGUCCAUUAGAGUUGGAGCACCGCUGGCAAUUCUAGAGCCACUGGAUAUUCGAGAACCAGUAGAUGUUCUAGAACCAGUAGAUGUUCUAGAACCAGUAGAUGUUCUAGAGCUGGAGCCUGUGUUGGAGUUGAAGUCUGCAGGAGAGGUUUGGGAACUAGAGGACCAAGCAGAGGUCAGAGGUCAGGCAGAAGGCUGCAUUGCAGACCCACUGAAAAAGAAGUUCCAUAACCAUGAGGGUCUGAACACGUAUCAGAAUGUCACCCUCUUCUUUUUCUUCCUGGCCUUGGCCAUCAUGAUCCAGAGACUGUGGGCCCACAUCAAGAGUCUUGCUUGUAUAUAGCAGGGCAGACCAGAAGCCAUCUCUCUACAGCGGGUUUACUGAUCCUAAGAUGGGGUUCGAUAACCUCCUCGGGUCUUCUCUUCUCACCCCUAUCCUCCAACCCUACCAGUCCCUCCGGCGAGGGCCCUGGUCUUAGCCUCCCGUUCUCAUGGCUCAGUCCUCUCUCCAGGAAGUGACCGCACCACUGUCCUGCCACACAGAAGAACUGCCCGGUGGACCCCCGGACAGGCGUCGGUAGCUGUGCUCGACUCGGACUGAAAUAGGGGCCGGUACGGUUUACAAUUAGCUUCACAGAGCUUCAGAGCUGAUGUUCUGCAGGAGGAGUUAGAACAGCUGAGGUGCCCGGGAAUCCACUCUGCUGAGCUCCUGCCCAUCUUGAAGACUGGUUUGUAGAUACAAUUGAAGAUGAUGAUGGCGACGAAGACGUCUGUGUGCCUAUCACACGGUGAGACACAGAGACAGCCUAUGACCUUUCCUUCCACUGACUACAUCCUGCAUGUCUGAAUGCAGUGGCUACUGGACUGGGGUUUAAUAUAUGCUGUAUGUGUUGGGGUUGGAUAUGAUUAAAUAGGUAUUAAUGAUGUCUGUUUUACCUCAUUGGACAUUUUUAUUGUUUAGGCGUGUGUGUGGGUGGGUGUGUGUGUGUCUAUCUAUAGGGUAAACACAUAUUUAAAAUAUCUGGUUUUAUUCUGCUGGUUCACUGACGCAUGCUAUGCUGUUGUUUCCAUUACCUGUUGUUCGUUGUAUAGACAACACUUUAUAAAUAUUACACAUGAAAUAAAAUGGCUGAUACAUUU